AUGAGCGCCGCGCUCGAGGAACAGCUCGACAGCCUCCAAAAUGACCUCAGCUUUCUCGAGGAAGCCGCCGGCGCUGGCGACGAGGACGCGAUGGAGAUGAAGCCAAUCAUCGAGCAACAGGUCGCCGAGCUCAAGGCUCAGAUCAAGGCCCAGAAGGCGUCCGCGCCUCCUCCACCACCUCCCGCUGACGAUGCUCCACCUCCGCCGCCCAAGUUCCAGCAGCAUGCGCCCCCACCACCUCCGGAAGAAGCCAGGGCUACCGUGUUCAAUGUGCACGACUCCAUCAUGGCCAAGUAUGCUGUCGACAAGCAGUGGUACGCAGCGACAAUCAUUGCAAAGACCGGAAGUUCCACUGACCCAGUGUACACCGUCAAAUUCACCGGAUACCCAGACAAGGAGACCAAGCGCAAGCAUGAGGUACGUGCGAUCGUGGACAACAGCAAGAAGCGCAAAGCCGAAGGACCACCCGCCGCUGCUUCAGCCGCUCCUCCGCCCCCGUCGCCUAUGCAGCAGACUGGCACCGUCAUUUCCGCCGCACCUUCCAUCGAUCCCACGCUUGUCCAGAAACGUGAGCCGAGCAAGGUGAGCGACGGGCCGACUCGCAUGGCUCCAGCACCGAAGAAGUUGAAGGGCAAUCGAACACUCGAAAAGGCCAAGAGCAGCUGGAACGACUGGCAGAAGACGGGACCGAAGAAGCCCGUCCUGGGCGCCGCAGGCAAGAAGCUUGGCAAGGACAGUCAAUUUCGAACACCAGAUCUGCCAAAUGCGAAGGGUAAGUUUGACAGCAUUGACCACGCUCGGGCUGACAUGACGCUGACUUUCUCUUGCAGUGGGCUUCACGGGCUCGGGAAAGCCCAUGUCCAAAGACCAAGUUCGUGCGAAGUGGAACUACGGCAAAGAGGAGCCAGAGGCCGAUUGA